CUGUCAACAAUUCGUUGUUCCAACCUCACUUAAUAGAAUGUUUUCAAUUCAGUUGUCUUAAUUCUGAGUUUAAUUUUUAUCAAUUUUGUUUUUAACUAACAGAUCUUAAUGAUUUUACCUACUGCCGAAAUGCUCAUUUGAUAUGUAUUAUUAAUUCUUGAUUUCUCACAAAUCAACACUUUCGAAAUGAAUAACUGCAAAGAUAUUGGAUCACAACCUGAAGAAGGGAAACCUUUGAUUUCUGUCAAUUCAGCAGAACUUUAUUUUCUUAUUCAAAAAUGUUUAUCAAAUGGCCCUUUGAAAAAAACUUCAGAAGUUCUCAUGAAGGAACUUGAAGAACAUAAAAUAUAUGAAAAGCGACUCGACUGGAUGGGAAAUGAACAUGAUAGAUCCUUUGAAGAUAUGGAACAUCAAUUUCCAUUUAUAAGACCAGAUUAUUUGCUCAAAAUAUGCAGUCAUAUAGCGAAUACUUCAAGCAAAGAUACUUCAUCUCUCACUAGUAAAAAUGUUAAAUCUAUGCUUAAAUUUAAACCAAAAAAGUUGGGAGAUAGUGACCACAACUUCAAACAAUUAUUUACUAUUAUUACCAGACUCCAUGGUGUUCCUAUUCGAGAUAAAAAUUUGAGAUCUAAUAUUGUUAAUUUUAUCAGAGGAAGAGAAGUUAUUGGUACUAUUCCUAGAAAUAAAUCUAUAAUGCCUAGAAUGUAUUCCAGCAUGCAAUUACAAAGAAAAACCAUAGGGCAUCUUUCAGCUGUCUACUGCCUAGUGUUUGAUGCUACAGGACGUUAUAUUUUAACGGGAGCUGAUGAUCUCCUUGUAAAACUCUGGUGUGCUUAUACUGGACGUCUCUUGAAGACAUUUAGGGGGGCUCAAUAUGAAAUUUCUGACAUUUCAGUCAACUUGGAGAAUACUUUGUUGGCUGCUGGAUCACUAGAUCAUGUCUUGAGGGUGUGGAAUCUACAGACAGGUGCUCCUGUUGCCACCUUAACAGGACACACUGCAAUGAUAACAACAGUCAAUUUUUGUCCUUCCAGUUGUUGGAAUUUGAGAUAUUUAGUCAGUACCGGUUCGGAUGGUGCUGUUGCCUUCUGGACUUAUUUUCAUGAGCCAAAUGGCACAAUAACUUUCAAGGCCAAUCCCAACAUGUAUCAAGAGAAAAUGCGUCCCGGAGGUGCGAAAAUGUUAUCAGCAGCCUUCAGUCCCGGUGGCUCUUUUUUAGCAACGGGUUCGGUGGAUCACAAUGUCAGGGUUUAUUACAUGAAGGGGGACGAGGGACCUCAGAGGAUACUGGAGAGCGAGCAGCACACAGACAGGGUAGACUCGAUAGAAUGGGCCCAUUCCGGGAUAAAGUUCAUCUCCGGUAGCAAAGAUGGCAGUGCCAUCGUUUGGUACUUUGAGGACCAGCAGUGGAAGCACAUCUUCAUACACAUGGGUACCAAAUUGGACGGGUCUCUAUCAGCGGAGGACGCCAAGAAGCUAAAGGUCACCAUGGUGGCGUGGGACAUAACGGACGAACUGUUCGUAACGGCGGUGAGUGAUCACACCCUAAAGGUGUGGAACGCUUCGAACGGUCAGCUGCAGAGGGUGCUGACGGGACACACGGACGACUUCUUCGUGUUGGAGUGUCACCCCUACGACAGGGGCGUGAUGCUGAGCGCAGGUCACGACGGUCAGGUGUUCAUCUGGGACAUAUUGAGAGGCGAGAUCAUAUCCAGGUUCAUAAACUCCAUAGAGGGACAGGGUGUGGGGGCGAUCUAUGAUGGAAAGUGGUCUCCGGAUGGCACGAUGGUCGCCUUGUCCGAUUCCCACGGCAGGCUGAUCACUUUCGGGUUCGGGCCGGGCAGCAAGACUUUGCAGCAGUUACCUAAAGAACUCUUCUUCCACACCGACUAUCGACCUCUGAUUCGAGACGCCGACCAAAACGUGCUGGACGAACAGACUCAAAUGCCUCCUCAUCUGAUGCCACCUCCGUUCCUUGUCGAUAUAGAUGGCAAUCCUUACCCACCGGCUCUUCAAAGGUUGGUGCCAGGCAGGGAACAUUGCCAGAGCGAACAACUAGUGCCUAAUAUAGUUCUAUCGAUGGAAUACGGACAAGAAGUUCUUCAAGGGGUCCCUGAUGAUUUACCAGGCGCUGGUAGGUCAGUAGGACAUAAUGCAGAAAAUGGAAGGUCUUUUCCUUUAAGGACUAAUAAUAGGAGAAGUAGAGAUGGUGAGGGCCUUCGACAUAGCAGUGGUGAAUGGCAAAGGAGUAAUGGUAACAAUUGGGAAGACGUUUGUCUCAUUCCACCGUUGAAACCAUCAGUUUUACUGAAGGCUCAAAGAGAUAUAGAGCAUAUCUCCCAAGCUGAGGUUGACGAAUACCACAAACAACUGUGCUCAAGGCCACACAUGAUUAACACAUCACAUCACAAUGCCAUAACUAAAACGAACGAGACAAAGAAUACCAAAAGAAUAAUAAAAAAAACCCGGGUUAUCCCUGUGAUCACCUAUCAUCCAGAAACCUCAGAGGAAGAAGAAGAGUUGGAUGACUGGGAAGAUUCAUCGGAAUACUCUGAUUGGGUUCUCGAUGAAGGUGUUCAUUUGGAGCCACCGAAGCGUUCUAAGAGGAAGCAGGUGACUCACAAGUUCACCGAGGAAUCAGAGGAGGAAGAGGAGGAGGAAGAAGAAGAAGAAGAGGAGCGGAUUCAGAAACCCCAAAAAAGGACGGCGCCUCCAAGGCAAGAUGAGCCUUCGACUUCUAGAGGUGGUAGAGGGAGUUCGGCCUCUGAACCCUCACCUCCCCCACGUAAGAAGGUCAAAAAGGUUCAAAAGCCACACGAGGUGCCAGAGAAGUAUAAGCCCAGCGAAUGGUUGGCGGAAACGAAGCCAAGAAAGUCACCUUACUUUCCUCAGAUGGGUGACGAGUUGGUUUAUUUUGUCAAUGGGCAUAAAUUAUAUGUUGACGCUGUUUUAGCCAAAGAUAUAUAUCCUAUUAAUUUGAGGAAUUUACCUUGGUAUAGGAUAGACCUUAAGGAAUACGAAUUCGUGAAAAUAGUAGGUAUAAGGUACGAGAUCAAGCCGCCUAGGAUAUGCUGUCUGAAGCUUGCUCUCCUUGAUGCCAAUGGCAAAGUGACAGGCAGAUAUAUGACUGUCAAAUACCACGAUGUACCUGAUGUUCUAGACUUCUUUGUCUUGAAACAGUCCUUUGACGUUGCCGUGUCCAGAAAUUGGUCAGUCGGGGAUAAAUUUCGAUGUAUGAUUUAUGAUGAGUGGUGGUUAGGUGAAAUAAUAUCUUCUUCGUUGGAAGAACAACCUAACUCACCUUUCCUUUGCUACAAAAUAAAAUGGAACAAUGGGGAAACAGAACAAAUGAGUCCUUGGGACUUUGAACCAGUAGAUGAAAACAGGGUUCCAAACCAUCCCUCUGAAGCUGUUCCAGUAUUGGAGGAAGAACUCAAGGCGAUAUUGUACAAAUCAAGUCCAGAGGAUUGGAAUAACACCGAAGUGGCCGUAGCUAAUCAAAAUAUAUUAGAAGGUUUAUCGAGGAUCAUGGAACUGGCCAUUGCCGAGCCUUUUCUGGUGCCCGUUGACCUAAAUCAAUACCCCGAUUACUCCUACGUGAUCGAAUACCCCAUAGAUUUAUCGAGCAUAAGGUCCAGGUUUGAGUAUAAUUUUUAUCGAAGAAUCACUGCCGCUCAGUUUGACAUAAGGUAUUUGGCCUCAAACGCGGAGAAGUUCAACGAAAAACACACAGUGAUUGUGAAGAACGCCAGGAUAUUGACGGACCUCUGUCUCAAAGUCGUCAAGCAAUGCAACAUGGUUGUGGAUGUAUCGGAGGAGUACAGAUCGAUGGUGGAGUCCUACAUAUCUUCGGAUAACGAAGUGGACAUGUUGAAUCAACCCUCUACGUCCAGCAGUAGGCCAACGAGGGGGAAAACGCGAACUAGAAGUUCAGUGAAUAACAGAGAGUGGAAGACUGACGCACUAACCUUUAUGAAUCAAAUUUGGGAUUCCCCGGAUUCGCUGCCUUUCAAACAGCCCGUCAAUAAAUUCAGAUAUCCAGAUUACUAUGAUAUAAUACAGAAUCCAAUGGAUCUGGGUAAAGUUAGGGAAAACCUGGAAAAUGACCAAUAUGAUACACCAUACGACUUCAGUGAACAUAUGAAGCUCAUAUUUUCAAACUCGAGAAGAUACAACACAAACACCAAAUCUAAGAUCUACCUGAUGACCGCACGGCUAUCUUCUGCUUUCGAGGAGUACCACAAGAGGGUGUUGGAGAAAUGGAGUCAAGACAGGAGGAAACACACCAACGAGUCCCCGAGCGAAAGUUCCAGAUCAACGGACGACGAAGAAUCCUCGUCCCGAUCAGGCUGGCGGUCGCACAAAGGAAAGGAGCCUCUCAGGAUGCCUAGCAUCGAUGAAGAAGAAACGACCUACACCUCUUCUUCGGACAGCCGCAGCAUGAAGGGCGACGAGGACUUCGAGGACUUCCUACCUCUCAACCACAUAGCGUCCAACAAGGCCUCGACUUCCAGGGCUCGACCGACGCGCAAGACGAAAGUGAGAACGACACUUUCCACCGACUCUGACGCAAGCUUCAAGGUCGCGAGCACUUCCAAGGUCGUUCCUAUGAGCAGCAACGAUUCGGGUACUUCAAGGUUGUCGAAUAACUCCUGUUCGGACAGCGACGAUGAUGACCCGUUGUCUUCUUACUGCAAGCGGCCGAAAAGGAAGGUUAGGAUCCCGAAAUAUGCCGAUUUAAACAGUUCAGACAGUGAAGCCGCCGCCGUGUUGAACCUGACCAGGAGCAAGAGGUUGACCUCGAAACCGUUGAAGUAUAUGUCCGAUUCGGAAAGUGAAAUAGAGGAACGGAGUAAGAGGAGGAAAUGUAACGGAGAGCAGUCUAAGUUUUUAACGUCAGUGAGUAGCAGGGGGAGGAUCAGGAAGUUGACGCCUAGGGCGCAGGCGUUGAUGAAGAAAUAGUGUUGGUUUUUCUGAAACAGUAGAGAAUUUCCUUGAUGCUGUUCGAAUCGAUUCAACUGAAGUGUAUAUAGUCCCCGAGAGAUUGUUGUUGGAUAUUUUAGUACGAUUCUAUUAUUUAUGUGUAUAGUGUUUCUUUAUUUAUUUUAGGCAGCCGACCAAUUCGUGUUGUGUAGGUUAGUUUUUAUCUUCCUGUUUGUCUCAGGUGCAAGGCGGAAAUGAGACAUUACGAUUUCACUUUGAUGAUUGUUAGACGGAACAGAUCGAUUUUUCCUAAAUCAAACCGAUAUAAACUUGAAUGAAAAUUGCAUAUCGUGCAUUAUGGAUUUAUUGUAAAUAGUUUAGUAAAUGAGAACAUUUAUGGAAAUUCUCUAUUUUUUCACAUGUUCAUAAAAAGACUAUGUUGCUGAAACUGCCAUUUUAGAAUAUGUUAGAUAAGUUUAAGCCAAAAAUAAAAUUAGUUUUUUUUAA